GACCAUCAAGCUACACUAAGCAACUUCCUACUACAACUCCAAGGUGGAACAGAAGCAAGUGAAUCAAACGAGUGAAGAUGAAGACUGCUCUCCUUCUCCUCCUCUCUGCCACUGUGGCCUGGAGUUAUCCCAACCAUGUCCCCAAUGGCUACCCUUUCAAUACUGCUGCAGAGAAUCAGAGGAGUCCAGAUUCCUACCUGCAGGAGCUUUACCCUCGCAAUAUUCCUGACGAUGCAGCUGCUGUUGCUUCGACGCACCCACAGGGGGAGGUGAUGGCCCAGUCAAUCUGCACCAGCAUUGCAGGUGGUCAGGGAUGGAUCUAUGCUGUGCAACGCAGCUGCGGAGGUGCAGGCACCUGCACUCAAAUUUGCACCAGUGCAAAACUGCGCAGCCAGGACCCACAGACACAGGGGAGGCAGUGGUUUGCUGUUGCUGCUAUUCAUGUGUACGCCAACCGUCCCUGCUCUACCCCUGGAACUCCUGCCAACCCCCACAUUGGUCUGAAGGUGUUCCGAUAUGGCGACAUUAAUGCCGCUGGUUGUGGUCCCAACUGGUGCUGCUGCUCAGUUCCCGCCUGAUGCCUAGUUGUGGACUAUCAUAAUGACACUGGAACUUGUAUAUAGCAGUAGUUGACUAACAGUAGAAACAUUCUGGUUGUUUGAUAAUAAACUCAUUGUAGGACAGUAUAAACUUUUCAACGUAUCGCGC